AUGUUAAAUAUGAUUAUAAGUGAUCGAAUAUUUAUUUUAGUUCGUGCUCGAGCAAUUCAAAAUCAAUGUUUUCUUGUGGCUGCUGCUCAAGUUGCUUCUCAGAAUAGAAAACGUCAAUCUUAUGGAUAUUGUUUAGUUGUUGAUCGAUGGGGAAGAGUUCUUUUAUAUAUGAAUUUAUAUUCUCCAUUAGUUCGGACAAUUGAUAUUGAUCUUCGUUAUAUUGAACAAGUUAGAGAAAAAAUCCCUUUUAUUCAUCAUCGUCGACAUGAUUUAUAUACAUUAAUGUCACCAACAACUAUUAUUGUACCAAUUGAUGAUAAAAAUGAAGAAAAAAUUGAUGUGGUUGUAUCACCAUUUCGUUAUGUUGAACGAUUUUCUCAAUUAAAUCCUGAAGAAAUAAAUGAUUUAUUUCAAUCUACACAAUUAAUUCGAAGAAAAAUCGAAGAAUAUUAUCAAGCUAAAUCAUUAACUAUUAGCUAUACAAGAUCGACAACAUACUGGACAAAUUGUUAA